AUGGUUCACCACUCACUGCCGGCCGAAUCCUCCACAGUGGACAAGGGGAAGACCAGUGCGGAUGAUUUUGAACCCAAACUCGAGGUGUCGCAAAUCCACGCCCAAGACUUUCUGAAUGAAGACGAAGAUCUCUUGACCGAUGCAAGCAGUAUCUACUCACAAGAUGGAAUGAACGACGACUUCUUCAAGCGAUCUCUUUCCGUCUCUUCACUAGAUCCUUCACGCGGCGCUCGACGCGAAGUGGACCCGAGUCUACCAUAUCGAGCGAUCAUCGCCGCACAGCGAGCGAGAAUUUUUCCAGAAUGGCUGAAAGACUUCUCGUACGAUAAUGAAGCGAGCCCUUCCGAGUCUGGCAGCCAGAUGUCGACCUCGAGUUCCGUCCAAAGCGAAGAUUUCCACCACUUAAAUCCCGCAGGAUCGUUCACGAGCUCGAAAUCUAGCUACGAGAAAGCAUCUGAUGUAGAACACAAGAAACCUUCACCAAUUCUGUACGCAGAGCCGCACUUCCAAAUGAGUGGCAAUAUCAAGGCUGUGCGAUUCCAAGACACUGCCGACAAUCUUGCAUCUCCGUCUACGGAAUUGAGUAAGGCAGAGGGUACGCGGCCCCUAUGGAUUGGAGAGAAACCGACACUGUCUAGGAUGUUGCCUCGAAGAUCAAAUUCGGUGCUGAACCUUGGUUGGUCGAGAUCUAUCCGGAACAGAUUGACAUCUCAGUCUUCCUCCACAUUACUCGACGAUCGACCUAGAAAUAGUUUUAAGAUCAAACGCACACACGUCACAGGCCAAGCCUACCACCCGUUGACGAAUGCGCCGGUCAGGAAAGGAUGGGUGAGGAGGAUGGCACGGGCGUUCACAGAGCGCGGGCAAAAAGGAACUUUUGCGAAAUUGAAAGGUGUCCAGUAG